AUGAAUGCGAAUAAAGAAGAAACGAAAUCGAGCACUUUGACUCCGGACCAACGAGCACGGAAAAGAUUGGCUGAUCGGAAGUUUCGCAAAAGCUCUCGCGAGAAGACAAAAACUUAUAUUUCUCACUUGGAAAAGUUGGUUGAGGCUAGCCGUGCUCCUUCCAAUGACCCCGAAAAGGUCCAACGCCUCAUGCAGCAGGCUGACGAAAAUUACAACGAUUCCCAGCAGCUCCGGUCUACCUUAACAAAUAUAGCCGAGCUAGCUCAGUCAUCUCUUCGAAACUACAAUGAACGCGCUAAUAGGUCGCCCGUCAAUCCUACAUCUGUUGCGACUACUUUAGAUGAGGUCAAUGGCCAGGAGAAGAACUUUCGAUCACCGACCAACAACAACGAUAAAGAACCGAUAAGGACUGCUGAACAUCAUAUGGAUAAAGAUCAAUUCGCUUGGGGCUCAUAUAGCACAGACCUCGACGAGCUGCUUGAAGCUGUGGAACCGUUCCAGCAAAAAGGUGGUGAAUUUGCAACGCUUGUCUCUGUGCCGCACAACCCAGAGCAAAUAGAACCAAAUUUUGCCAAUACCACGGAUCCUUGUCUGUUGAUCACGAAUAUGACCCUUCCGCAAGACCCAUACUUUCUCCAUGCAGGAUAUUCUCACAAAUCAGCCCUCGCCAAAACCUUUGAACCGCUAGCACCGGCUAUCUUGCAGUCUUCUACAAUGAAUGAUUCGCAAUCUAUUUGGAACUCAAUGGGGAAUAUUACAUAUACAGCGCUGAAUUCAUCAAGAGAUAGCGGUCCACUCCUCUCGGGCCAACUACAGAAGGCUCAUGAUGAAAACGUCAUGAUCACGGCGGUCAUGCACGGUUGGCAUUCAGUACUAGAGAAAGAUUUGCUCGAUCCCACCUGGCAAGCUAUUCGUCGUAUGGAUGAGCAAGUCUUUCGGACUUAUGGAGCGGCCGACAGACUUGCCAUGCUAUAUGUAUCAAGAUUGCAACUCUUGGUAGGUUGUUGCCUAAUAUGA